AAAUUUAGGUGUGGAAAGUUUUUCCAGAAAACGUCUAAUUUUUCCCAUUCACCAAGCGGGCGAGGGUUUCCUGUGGGGUUUCCAUGUUGGUGGAGCUGGCAGAAAAACUCAGACACACCCAGGUGCCGCCUGUCCUUGGCAUGGGCAGGCAGUAUUUGUCUGCUCCACGAGGUUUUUGAUGGUGAGAAACCUUCCUGGGCCCAGUCUGCAGUGGUUGACUGCAAAUUUGCGCCAAGAGCUGAGGAACAUCUCGUCUCUGCUUUCGGGAUCUUUGAAAUACAAAGAAUGCGUCGGUUUUGAGCUUUCUUCGUUUUAAAGUAAGGGUUAUUUCUUUCACGAAGACAGCUUGAAAACUGAAAUACUAACAUACAAAUUGUUGCCAAGGUUGAGACGAAUCACAUGAUCCCUCUAGAAAAGAAGCCGUCCCUAAGUGCCUGGCUAGGGAAGGCAGAUGGUCACUUGUAGCAGAAGUGGGAAAUUUGCAUGGGGUGGAAAUAUUCCGGCAUUCUCCACUAUGGUCACUGCUCUGGACCAAGACAAAAGCUUUCAAGUGAGAGCCCUGGUUCAGUGUCUCUUCCCCACUGGCUGUUCUUAAAGUGCAGAUUACAGUUGGGAUUGUCUGCUCUGCAAAGAUGACACACAGACCUUUUGAAAUCUUGGAUUGCACUUUGUGGUCACGGGACUGUCAAGGCACAGAACUUGAGGAGCCAACAGCCCCAUCCCUCUGGUUUGCUGGGGCAGUGUUAGCACAGAAGCUGAUUCUUGUGCUCAGACACUUUUACUGGCUGGCUCCUGCAAAGGCUUAGGUUUAUCAAAGGUAAUUUACUCUGGAAUGUCAAGGUGAUGGGGUGAUACCCAGGCACCAGCUUUGGUGAGGAUUCUCAUUUGGCUCCUCUAACUCACCAGGCCUGUGUGUAAAGCUGGACUUGUGCAAGGUUUCUUCCUGAGACGGUGAACAGUCUGCCCUGAGGUUGCAGCCUUAGCUUCUCUGACUUGGACUUGAAAACAGAAAUUUCUCUGUAAUUACAUCAAUACACCUUCAUUUUAGGACCAACAAAAGUGUCCAUCUGGCUCAAGGCAAGUCUGCCUAAUGCAGUGCUCUAUUUCUGGCAGGAGCCAGCAGCAUGCCACAAGGGUUGAAGACAGAAAAGAUCUUGCAGCAGUCAGAAGAAACAUCUCCUGGCUUCUUGAUCUUAGGAAGCCUGAUAUUGAUGUCUGAGAGCAUGAAAUUUAAUAUCUGUUUUACAGAAUGCACCAGAAAGUGGCUAUUCCAAAGCAGGAAAGGUCUUGUUUACUGUGUAGAUAAGGUAAAGGGAAUCAGAAUGCCUCUCAAUGAUGACCAGAACAGUGACUCAGAUUCUUCACGCCUCUCGGAAAGCACAGCUUCUUCCAGCGACUCGGAAUAUUCCAGGCAGAGCUUUAACAGUGAUUCUUCAAGCAAACCCAGCUCCCCAGCGUCAGCAAGCCCUCCCAAGGUUAUCACGUUUGAUGAACUGAUGGCAGCUACAAGAAAUCUGUCAAACUGGACUCUAGCUCAUGAAAUUGCUGUAAAUGCAAAUUUUUGCAUAAAACAUGAAGACUACCCACAAAACAGCUUUGCAGGCACAGUGAAACAAAUUGUACACAAGGCAUUCUGGGAUCAUUUGGAAUCAGAACUGAAUGAAGAUCCUCCAGAAUAUGAACAUGCUAUCAAGCUCUUUGAGGAAAUUAAGGAGAUUCUUCUUUCCUUCCUGACUCCUGGAGCAAACAGGAUUCACAAUCAAAUUUGUGAAGUUCUAGAUACGGAUCUUAUAAGACAGCAGGCAGAACACAAUGCUGUUGAUAUUCCUGGGCUAGCUAACUAUAUCAUCAACACUAUGGGAAAGUUAUGUGCUCCAAUAAGAGACAACGACAUAAAACAGUUAAAAGCAACUGACAAUAUUGUAGAGUUACUGAGACAAAUAUUCCGUGUUUUGGACCUGAUGAAAAUGGAUAUGGCAAAUUACACAAUUAAAAGCCUUAGACCAUACCUCUGGCAUAACUUGGUGGACUACGAAAGAACAAAAUUCCAGGAAAUUCUUGAAGAAACACCAAGUGCCCUGAAUCUCACAACAGAAUGGAUAAAGGAAUCAAUAGAAGAUGAAUUGUCAUCUAUUUCUGAUGGGUCUUCAUCAUCCCCUGGUGCUGAUUGUAGUUCAAAACCAAUUAUUAGUCCUACACUGGUGCUAAACAAUGGCUACUUGAAAUUGUUACAGUGGGAUUAUUGCAAAACAAUUCCGGAGACUCUAAUCACAGAUGAAGUUCGUCUUCAGGAGUUGAGAGAAAAGCUCAAUCAAUUAAAAGUCAUAGCUUGUGUUUCUCUCAUAACAAACAACAUGGUGGGUGCAGCAAUUGUAGAUGUGCCUGAUUUUGCUGACCAGCUGAAAAGGAUCUCCUUUCCUCUUCUUGAAGGCAUGAACAAGAAAAGUUUUGACCUGAAGGAGGCUCUGAAUGCUAUUGGUGUCCAGAUUUGCAGCGCAGUGAAUAAGUCUCUAAGUGAAAGAGGUCUUCCCACUCUUAGUGAAGAAAUGCAGAGUAAUUUAAUGGGUCAAAUCGCUCAUAUUGUUGAGAAGAAUAAUCCUGUCUGUUCCUUGAUUGACAAACGAAUCCAGCUCUUCAUGAGAAGCUUGCUUGCUCUUCCGAGUUUUCAGAAGUGUAUGCCUACUAUGCCAGGAGGCCUUUCUGUGAUUCAGACAGAGAUGGAGUUUCUGGGGUCUCAGUAUGCAAGCAUUGUAAACUUCAAUAAAAAGGUGUAUGGACCAUUCUAUGCAAACAUACUUAGAAAACUUCUUUUUCCUGAAGCAGCAAUGGAGAAAACAGAAGCAGAAACACCUAGCAAUUAAAACGUGGACCCUUUUUUUAAUCUUCCAAGACAGUGGAGAAGUCACAUCUCUAAGAACAGCCUACUCAAAUGACUGUUGAUGGGAAAAAGUCUUGUAAAAUGUAUACAGAUAGUUUCUGAAAUUCACUGUAAAGAAAGUCAAGGUCAUAUAUAUAUAUUUUAAUAGAAAAAUAUUUGUUUAAUGGAUUGCCACUUGUAAUAGCCAGUGAAUUAUUAAUUUCCAUAGCAAGCAUUUAUUAUGACUCACAGUGGGAAAGAGCUGGCAAUGUACUUACUGUUUUGCCACCAUCAAAACAAUGUUUCAGCUGAAAUAUAUUUACAUACAAUGCAUAUUAGGAAAUGACAAAACAACUGUAAAUAAAAUGUACUAUGCUUACACUGUAUUUUUGUAGAGUAACAUCUCAGAUGACAAUUAUGUUUUUGACAAUACUUUGAAGAAGAAAGUUACAGCAUUACUGAUUUAGUAACCAAACCCAGGUUCAUACUAGGCCAAGUUCAGGUACUCCUGCAGUUACUGGACCCAGAACUUUGCCUCUGUUACAUUAAGGAAUGCCAAUGUUACAAGCUGUUUGAAGGAUAGCAGUUACAGAAGCGGCAUUCACCACUUACAAGCAGGAAUCAUUCAGAACUUCUCAACUCUUAAUUAAGAUUAAUGAUAAACACCUAAGAAACAUGAUGGGGGGCUGGAGUAAAUGUCUGUAUAUAGUCUUUAUAAGCAUUUUGUUUAUUCAGUGGAGGUCAUACAGAUCUUUAAUACAUGUAUGUACUGAUCUUUGAUCUUAAUGAAUGGGUAUUAAGUAUUUUUAAGUUAGGUCCUCUUAACCUUUAUUCCCAAAACCACUUAAGACUGACCUUACAGUGCACCACAGAAGAACCACCCCUUUCAUGCCCUUAUCCAACAGAAUGUAAGUUUUUCAUAAGAUAUUCUUAGGCCUGAAAGCAAGAACCCAAGUACUUAGUAAUUUUAAAAGAUAUUAUUAGAUUCACUUCUUUACGGGGUGUGUGAGAAAUGCUCCGAUUUUCCUUAAAUUUCUUUGGACUGGGCCGCAAUACUUAGUUCCCAUUUAAGGCAUUGGGAGUCCUGCAUACAGAAAAUUAAAUAGACUGAAAUUGAGAAAUGUGGAAGUGAACUUGUUUAAAUUUACACAGGCUUUAUUUUGCAUAUUUCAGAUUACUGGGAUUAGGUAGUGCUGGAAUACAUAUUAUGGACAUGUUCUUGUCUAUGAAAUUGAAUAAUUUACUUGAAAAUUAUAUUUUAAUAUAUUACCAUAUAAUACUCCUUUUAAGAUGUCAUAUAUGGAAGACCUCAGUGUGGUACAAGUUAGAGUUUGUUUUUAAUAUUUUAUAUUAUAAUCUAUUUUUUAUGAAGAGACAAAACCUGUAAAAGUGUAAUGUCUCACACUAAUUGUUUAUGCACAUUAUUGUGUCUAUUAUAAAGGUCUGAAAAAAACUGGGCAUUUAUUAGCACUGUGGUUUUCUAGUCCAUUUCUACAGGAAUGUAUACUCUUUAUAGCAAAGGAAAUUACUUCUAUUCAGUUGCUCUUCAGUGUCCAAGGACUUUGGUCACAUGUACAUGUUAAGGUACAUUUAUGUGUUACUUUGGUUCAUGUACAUAUUACUUUAUUCAAAAUGCCUUUCUAGAGUAAUUUCUCUAGUGCACUUCUGUUCUAUUCCUUGUAAAAACAUUGCACAAAAAAAAGAUGAACACAUAUUUUAAAGGGAACUGUUUUCUGGAAAACCUGAGAGAAAGGAAGUCUUAGACUAUAACUGUGCCACUAGGUAAGCCAGGCUUGCUCAGAUGAAUACAAAAUUUUGGUAGGCAAUUCAAAAUCAUUAAGAGAAUGCAUUUCAGAAGCAGCUAGGGGGAAUGAAUCUUAGUGAUUUGCUACAACUUUAGAAAUACCUACAUGAUUUUGAGCUUCAGCCAAAAGAGGAUUUUAUGAACAUGUGAAGGUGAUUGCUAAUAUGAUUAUGAACUUUUUAUUUUAAUAUUUUGUAUGCAUUCUAUUUUACAAACAAGUAUCAAACUAUAGCUCUUUAAUGAACUGGGGAAACUGUCAUACUAGUUUUUACCAGUAAGUACUCAAAAGAUAGCAUUUAUUGGGGGGUUUGGUAAUUAAGGUGACUUGUAAAGGGCAUUUUAUAGCAUGGCCUGUGUUUCCAGUGAUUGUUUAAUGUGUUUUAAUUUAAUGUUUCAAACAUGGACAUUGCAUCUGUUUAAUGUCAUGUGUUGCAUGCUGUUUAUGCUACUGUGGCUGCAAAGAACUUGCCUCUACUCUAAAGUUGUCCUUGUGAAACAAGAUGCCAUUCUGUAGUAGCUUUGUUAAAAAACAAGUAUUUCAGGGUUUGUAUGCAUUAAAUUUUGUUUGUGAUACCA